UGCCUAUUUAUUGUUUCUUCAUACUUUCUUUCUUUAAGACAGAUAAUUAUGAUCACUUCGUUCAUAUUUGCUUGUUCAGUUGUUUGAUAAAAAAACUGAUGUAGUUAGGUUAUGAUUCUGGUUAGAGCUUGUUUUUUAUUUUUCUUGAAAUAGGAACCAGAGUUAUUUUAUUUUUGGCUUUGUGUUAAAAUUGUCAAGAUAACAGAAUUAGCAAUUUGCUAAAAAUAGACCAUUGAAUAUCAUCAAUGCUCAUAUCCUCCACCAAAUUACAGCAUACUCCAAAAACUGGCCACACAUAUAACAGCUCACCUUUUCUCUCUUUCAUGACCUUUUUUCUCCCUCUUUUCUUCAACCACAAGCUAUCCAACAAACUCCCUCAUUCCUUCUUAUCUUUGUUCCUCCUCAUCCCCCUCUCUUCUCUCUCUCCUUCCCACCCAGGAGGGAUGGAGAUAAGAAAGAAACCAAACAUAUUCACGGUUCUCGUCAUUUAUUUUUCUUCAAUGCCUUCCAUGGCUCUCCUUCUGGCUAUUCUCCUCUUCCUCUCAGGCCCUUCUGCAUCUGCGGUAGCUGCCGCUGCUGUGGGACCUGCUACUGGUUUUAAACCGGCAGAUGAUAUUCUCAUUGAUUGUGGAAGCAAAUCGUCAUCAAAAACCCCUGAUGGAAGAGUCUUUAAGAGUGACCAAGAAACAAUCCAAUACAUAGAAGCCAAGGAAGACAUUCAGGUCUCGGCCCCGCCUUCAGACAAGGUCGCUUCUCCUAUCUACCUAACUGCAAGGAUCUUCCGUGAGGAAGCCACCUACAAAUUCCAUUUGACUCGACCUGGUUGGCAUUGGGUUCGCCUUCAUUUCUUGGCCUUCCCUAAUGACAAGUUCGAUCUUCAACAAGCAACCUUUUCCGUUUUAACGGAGAAAUAUGUGCUGCUUCAUAACUUCAAAAUAAGUAACAAUAACAAUGAUAGUCAAGCUGUUGUUCAGAAGGAGUAUCUCGUCAACAUGACAGAUGCUCAAUUCGCCCUCAGGUUCAGACCUAUGAAAAGCUCUGCAGCGUUCAUCAACGCUAUCGAAGUCGUGUCAGCUCCAGACGAACUGAUCUCUGAUUCUGGCACUGCCCUUUUCCCUGUCAAUGGGUUCUCGGGUCUGUCUGAUUACGCUUACCAGUCUGUUUAUAGAGUCAAUGUCGGUGGUCCCUUGAUCAUGCCUCAGAAUGAUACAUUAGGAAGAACCUGGAUACCGGAUAAGGAAUUCUUGAAAGAUGAGAACUUGGCAAAGGACGUCAAAACAACCCCUUCAGCAAUCAAGUACCCACCGGAAGUUACACCUUUGAUUGCUCCACAGACGGUCUAUGCAACAGCUGUGGAAAUGGCUAAUUCUCUCACCAUAGACCCUAAUUUUAACGUCUCCUGGAAUUUCCCCUCCAACCCAUCGUUUAACUACCUUAUCCGGCUUCAUUUCUGUGAUAUCGUUAGCAAGUCUCUCAAUGACCUCUACUUUAAUGUGUACAUUAACGGGAAAACUGCCAUUUCUGGGCUGGAUUUGUCCACUGUCGCUGGGAAUCUAGCAGCUCCUUACUACAAAGACAUUGUUGUGAACGCAACACUUAUGGGCCCUGAGCUCCAAGUCCAGAUUGGUCCCAUGGGAGAAGAUACAGGGACCAAAAACGCGAUCUUGAACGGUGUUGAGGUUCUGAAGAUGAGCAAUUCCGUGAACAGCCUUGAUGGAGAGUUUGGAGUUGAUGGUAGAACCACUGGCAUGGGGAAGCAUGGUAUGGUUGCAACCGCGGGGUUUGUGAUGAUGUUUGGAGCUUUCAUUGGUCUGGGAGCCAUGGUUUACAGGUGGAAGAAGAGGCCACAAGAUUGGCAGAAGAGAAACAGUUUCUCCUCUUGGUUGCUACCAAUACAUGCUGGUGAUAGCACUUUCAUGACGAGCAAAGGUGGUUCUCAGAAAUCCAACUUCUACAACUCAACACUUGGUCUCGGCCGCUAUUUCUCCCUUUCAGAGCUUCAAGAAGCCACAAAGAACUUUGAAGCAUCCCAGAUUAUCGGUGUUGGAGGAUUCGGUAACGUCUACAUUGGAACCCUCGACGAUGGAACCAAAGUCGCUGUCAAAAGAGGUAAUCCACAGUCUGAACAAGGAAUCACUGAGUUUCAGACAGAGAUCCAGAUGCUUUCUAAGCUCAGACACAGACACUUGGUCUCCUUGAUUGGUUACUGUGAUGAGAACUCUGAGAUGAUCUUAGUCUAUGAGUUCAUGUCCAAUGGUCCAUUCAGGGACCACUUGUAUGGAAAGAACCUUGCUCCUCUAACCUGGAAACAACGACUUGAGAUAUGUAUUGGAUCUGCACGUGGGCUUCACUACUUACACACAGGAACAGCUCAGGGGAUUAUCCACCGUGAUGUCAAAUCCACCAACAUUCUUCUCGAUGACGCUUUAGUUGCUAAAGUCGCUGACUUUGGUCUUUCUAAAGAUGUUGCUUUUGGACAAAACCAUGUCAGCACGGCUGUAAAAGGAAGUUUCGGAUACUUAGACCCGGAAUACUUUAGAAGACAGCAACUUACCGACAAAUCCGAUGUUUAUUCCUUUGGUGUUGUUCUUCUAGAAGCUCUGUGCGCAAGACCAGCAAUCAAUCCUCAGCUACCAAGAGAGCAGGUUAACCUAGCUGAAUGGGCAAUGCAAUGGAAACGAAAAGGACUUCUCGAAAAGAUCAUUGAUCCUCAUUUGGCUGGAACGAUUAAUCCUGAAUCGAUGAAGAAGUUUGCUGAAGCUGCAGAGAAGUGUUUGGAAGACUAUGGUGUUGAUAGGCCAACAAUGGGAGAUGUUCUAUGGAACUUGGAGUAUGCUCUUCAGCUUCAAGAGGCAUUCACCCAGGGAAAAGCCGAAGAGACUGAGAACGCUAAGCCUGGUGUAGGGACACCUGGCUCGGUGCCGGUGUCUGCUCCAUCUCCGAUCGCUCCCUCAGCCACCACCAAUGCAGCGGCUACUGUUCCCGUUUCUUCUAAGGUGGAAGAGAACAAUGGCACAGCCGAGGGUCAGGCCGUGGACGAACACUCUGGAACAGCCAUGUUUACUCAGUUUGCUAACCUUAACGGAAGAUAAAAACAAACUAACAGAUAAUUAAUUUUUAAAAAAAAAAAGACAAAAAGAAUGCACCAAAACGAAUUUGUCGUUAUAAGCAGUAAUUGCAAUAGAAACAUUUGACUUUUUAAGGUGAUAUAUUUGUUUCUUUUUAUGUUUUUUUGGUGGUGAUCGGGGAGACGUGUGAUAUAUCUAUAUUUUGGUGUAUUUUAUCAAAUUUAUAUAUUUUUUGUAUGAAGUGUAAUUUUGUGGGUGGAUAUGUAUAUGUAUGUAUGUGUACUACUAAAUGCUGUGAUGCAUUUACUUAUCCUCCUUUAUUGUAGUUGUUAAUAUCAGGUUACAAAUACAAAUUCACAUUGAAACAUAAGUGUGUGAAUCUUCCUAUGAAAUUUACAUCAUUUGUACACACAAGAAUACAAAAAGUUCUCUUUUUGUAUUCUAAGAAGUUGGUUUUACAGUCUGAACUCUGAGCAUCGAGUAGAACAGAAAAGGUCUGUUUCAGAGUAGAAAUUAGAUCAUCUUUUGUGCAAAUGAAUCUCUUCUCUGAGAAGGUACCUAAACAUUAACUGGGGAACAAUGUGUUCGUUCUCCCAAAGUUCUUGGAAAAAAAGGGUAACCUAUUCUCAUACUCUGUUGUCUAGUGUAAACUCUAGUUAAAGCUGUCACAUUUGAACCUGAAUUAUAUUAAGAAAAGGAACUCAAUGGUUUGUGUGUUGUUAAAUAUUGGGUUCAAGCUUUGAUUCAUUGAAUGGAAUUUUAGUGUUUGGUCAUAGACCUCUGUUAGUUAAUAAAUAAUAAUCAUAGAAACCAUUUCCUUCUUUAGAUGGGUUAAUUUGGUUCUAAUCAGGGAAAGCCAUUAAUUUUUCCAUCGAAUCAUUGUAGAAACCUUGCAAUAUUAUGUAUAUGUAUACUUACACAAUCGUAAAUGUUUGGAUAUCAAACUCUUCACAAGUGUUUGUAGGAGAGGAAGUAUAGGUGAGAAAAGAUUAGGGUCAGUCACAGAUUCUGCAAAAAAUAAGAGAACCAUGAAAGUAAAAUAAAACAUAAACCCAGAAAUAGAAACCAUUCCCUUCAAUUAAGCAAAUGAGUUCUCUUUUUCUCUUUCCUUUUCUCUUCUUAUGUGUAUAUAUAGAAAUGGAUAGCUUAAUUUUUCCCACAAAAGCCAAAGAAAACCAAUUUUUUGUUUUGUUUUUGUUUUUGUUACCUCGUUUAUAUCUAUAAUUAUGGAAAACAUAAGUGGGUUGGCAUUUGACAUGGGAGAGCUAAGAAACAACCUUCCCAAAAAGAGAGGAUUAUCAAGGUACUAUUCAGGGAAGGCAAGAUCAUUCAUUUGUAUCUCAGAUGUAAAAUGCCUCGAAGAUCUCAAGAAACCAACCCAAACUUUUGAUGAUGACGAUGAUGAUGAGGCUUACAAGAAGAGGAAGAAGAAGAACAAGCAAUCAUCUUCAUCUUCAUUUUCUGCUGCUAUUAACAGCAAUGUGAAUUUUUCAAACUACCCUUGUCGAAGAGUCUCUAGUAGCACCCACUGCUCCUCACCUUGUGUUGCUUAGGAAAAAAGAAGAUUACAUUUUCUCAAUUUAUUUAGUAGCCCCUUUGGUUUUAUUCUAAACCCAAUACUGAAAACACAAAUUUCAGUGUGUGGGGGCGUCAUUCAUAUCCAAUUUUGAUUUUCCUUACUGUUUUUUUUUUGUGGUUAUCUUUUCUUCUUGCGCAAAUUAUGUAGAUUUGGAUGUGUUUGUUCCAAUUUGCGUAUAUUUUGUUUGGGACAGAAUGUUGGAAAUCCUUUUGAAUGUAAUCAUACGUACGCAUAGAAAUGAAUAAAUAAGUGGAUAAAAA